GCUUCGAUUGCAGAAAGUGUUUGAUCGUCCAAUAUGAAACAGUACCUGGUGCUUGCCCUCGUCUUCGCGGCCAUUCUGGCCAUGAUCAGCGCCCAUCCUCUGGAGGAACAAAAGAUCACGCUGGAAGAUGCUGAAGCACAGCAGGGAAUCGAUGAUGGCACUGGAGUUAGGGCCGCUCGUCACUUUGGCGGCUUUCGCCGCGGAGGAUACUGCUGUGGAGGAGGCGGUGGCUACCGCCCUGGUGGAUUCGGUGGCGGUGGCGGAUAUCCCAGAGGUGGAUUUGGCGGAGGCAGUGCAUCAGCAUCGGCGUCAGCUUCAGCCAGUUCCAGUUGGGGACGUAAAUAAAAAUAGUUAAUCAUUGUGUAUAUGAGGCAAAAAUAGACAAAAGUCAAGAAACGAAAA